UGGUGCAUCCAGGAAGCAAUGCGUACAGUGUUUCUGUGCAGAGGAGGAUAAACAAACGCUCAGCUGUGUCAAUAGCAAAACCAAAAGACUUGUGUAAACUGACCUGCAGUAAAGCAUAGGUACUGUAAAUGUAACAUCUGCAGAGCGACACGGAUGUAAACAGGCCUGUUCGGAAAGCGGAAGGAUUGAUUUUGUGUGUGCCAUCACAAUAGUCUGACAACUAUUCAUACACAUUGAGCGUUUUUGUGCUUGAUUUUCUGACAGCAGGGCAAAAAUGUCUGACUUUGUCAUUUUACUGCUGAUUCUGUUUUUGGUUAUUUGUCUCAUCUUAACCCUGGUGGGCUUCGUUUUUUACACCGGGAUUUUCUCUGAAGUCGUGACUCGGACUGGAUCUCCUCCGGUGAAAAACAUCACGAUUGCAUAUAAGUUCAGAAAAGGAUCGUACAAGGCCAGCGGAGCCGCUUUCACGGAGAGCAGCAGUAUCGGACCGAAGUUGUCGUCUGUCGGUGUGUUUUACGAUGACCCCAAUCAGACUCAAGCAGAUCAGUGUCGGUAUGUAGUGGGCAGCAUACUGUGUGAAAAUGAAGAGAAACCUGACGAAGAGCUACAGCGUCUGUAUGAGAAAUUCGGCUACAAGGUCAUCUCCUUCCCAGAAGUCACCUGUGCCGUAACGUCCUCGUUUCCAAACAGAUGCACUCUGUCCCCUGUCUGCGGCGCUUAUAGAGUCUAUCCUGAACUACAACAGUAUAUAAAGGAAAGGAGUCUGAAUGCGUACCCAUUCCUGGAGAUAUGCAAAGGAGAUCUGAUCCAUUACAUGUGUCCUCUGGAGAAUCAGGUGGACUUCUCUGUGCCUGAACUGCUCGAGAAGAACACAUCUGAUGACACUGAGGAAACAGUGGAGCAUAAAGAUGCUGAUGUUACAGAGCUGGCGGCGGGUGAACUGGAGAAAAAGUCGAGCCCAGUGAUCCAGGAAGUGGUUGAAGAGAGCAGGGAUGAAAUGGAGGCCUCAGCCCCGUUACUGGAGAGCUCUCGGCCGAGCCUGGGUGAGGAAGAGGGUCAAAGUGAGGAUGGGGACCAAGGGGUCAAGGGGUCCAGUGAGUCUGUAGGCAGUGGCUCUUCCUUUGAAGAGCUGGACAUGGAAGUGGAAGUGGAAGAGGAGAAGGAGGAGAAGAAAAACGAAGCGGAGGAGGAAGACUAUAAUGGACAGCAGAAGCCUAUGUUGGUGGGAGAAACAAUCGGGAACAGGGAGGAGUGAAGGAUAAAGCGGAUUAGAGGGAAUGUGGGUGAAUGAUGAGCGCAUAUGUGAGUGUGGGUGCAUGUGUAAGAGGGAGAAAGUUUGUCUGUGUCUUUGAAAUCAUCAAAGGCUUCUUUUUUUUUUUCUUCCUACGUCUUUGAAAUUAACAUCCCUAAAUAUCCAAAAUGUUACGUCUUUGUUAUCAGCAAACAAGCAGUUAUCCUUUUCAGAACCUUUUAUUAAAGACUUAAUGAAAUGCACAUUAUUCUUCGGCUUUGUAUUUAUUUCUGAGGAAACCAAUUGUAUAUGUUUCUUUCUCUAUUGUCUGUCUUCCCACGGUAAUUAUCAACUAGAUUCAGCCAGCAAGUAAAUCAGGCAGAUUCUGAAAAUGAGGUAACACUAUUAACGCAACUAAAUGAAGCUUAAUCAGACAUUUUAUUUCAUUAACAUGUUCUACAGAUGAUGUAUUCAGUAAUGUUUGCUUCAAAACAUGAAUAAUUCAUUCCAAAUGCUGUCUGUUGCUGUAGAAUAGAACUGAAAAAGAGUGAGAAUAAAAAGUGCAUGUUGUUAAUGAUUGGAGUGUGUUAAUUUGACUAUUUUUGUGCCCUCUGCAUGUAAUUGAUUUCAUGUUUUUUUAGAAAAGAAAAAGUCAAUACAAACAAUACACAGGACAUAUUAAAGUAAAUCAGGCUAUAUUUUCUCUUUCUUUCCCAUGUAUUUUUCUAUUUUUCUGUCAUUUUUCAUAAGCUAAUUAGGAGAGAAACAGGGUUUUCAGCAUAAGGACCAUUGUUUGUUUUGGAUUAUAUUUUUCUUACUGUGUCAGAAUGUUGGAAUAUCAGUUGUAUCAUAUGCUAUUUCAUCUUUUGAUACUGACAGUUGCUCUCUGAUGUUCAGCAGGUCAUUUGAUCAUGCUUUUACAUUGUGAUUCUGCAAGAAAAUAUAAAGUAUGUGUAAGGCAAA